UACAGGGUGUCCUAGAGGGCUCUGGAGAAUUUCUGUAGAGAAGCAUUUGAGAAAGAACUGGAAAAAAAGAAAGAAGAAAAAAAAAAAACAGAAGAGUGGUACUGGGCAAGAGGCUGAAAGAAGAGAAGCACACAGAAGGAAAGGAAUGUGGCUCUGAGGAUGGAAAAGCACCUGCUGCCCUUCACAAUCUAUUUACUGGGCUAAAGAAAUGAUACCAAGGAACAGGCCACUGAAGAAAGGUAAAGGCUGCACAGAGAGAGGGAGAAUCCCUUAUCCAAUCCUGACAUCACGUACAGUACUUUUCCUCUCUGUGAUGCCAUAUGGAAGUCAGUUUUGGCGGAAAGUUUAAACUCCUCUUUUUACAUUCCACUAACCGAGCCAUGCUGCACGCUAUGAGUGUCACAUAUGAUCACACACAGAAGAUGAGGAAAUGCAGGAAGAGAAGGAGGCGAGAAGAAAGCAUUCAGACAUGGUGGACCUGAGCUCACUGACUGAUGAUCAGUUAAGAUGCAAACUGCUCCAAUAUGGAGUCAAACCUGGACCGAUUGUGGCUAGCACUCGAAUGUUGUAUGAAAGGAGGCUGCACAGGUUGAUGGCCCAGCACUCACGGCACACUGUCAACAAUAAACAUGAUUUUGGGAAAUACUCUGAUAGUGACGAGGAGGGAGGACAAGAGAUGUCUGGAUUAAAACAACCCACAAAACUUGGCUCACUGACCGUAUCCCAUACUGAUCUUGGUGAAAGAUCCAGUACGGUGUGGCUGAAUCAUCAAAGCAAAGACAAAAAUUAUCCUCAGUGCUUUUUCCCUCCUGCAAAAGAGGGCAAGAAUCAAGAGGAGUCACUGGAGAGCCUCGAUAACAGCUCCCUGUCCUUCAGCAUCACACAGCUCGUGGAGGAGGGGAGUGUCUGUCUGUCUAUUGAGAACAGGCUGAGUCCUCAGCCAAAGUCAGCAGAGACAGAGAGAAGCCAUAGCUAUACUCCAGUGGCAAGCAGGGCACAACGGCAACUCAAUAAAAGCUCAAUGAACGCAUCUCUCUAUCAGACUCCCGAGUUUUCACCGCUUCAGAAGCAAAGUACCACAAUCAAACCAGCUAUUGAAGCUGUGACUGAUGUUCUAAAGGAGAUGUUCCCAGACACUGCACUUACUCCAACUGGAAUCAGUGCCACCAAGAGACGGUCUAUAAAGGGGGCAGCAGGUCGUCCUGUACAGUACAAAUACCCAGAAACUCCACUGAGUCCUUCCACAUUAGAAAGAUUGGAGAUUCAGCAGCGCCUGGUCCCUCUGUGGGUGCAGAUUGCGGUUUUCGUUUUGGCAGCUACCGUCCUAUACUUAAUUUACAUAUCGAUGGAAGAGCCGCUGGAGAAUCCUUUCAACACAUUUGUACACACCCCGAGGCAAGAGCUGAGCAGCGAUGACCUUGCACUUGUCCCUGACUCUGAGAGCGUACACACCUGAGACAAGGUUUACUGUGUAUUGGACUUGCUCACAUUGAAUUUCAAAAUAACUGCAGCUCUUCCAGUUCUAGACAAAUAAACCUAGAUGUAUUAGUGGGCAUAUUUACUUGUGUAGGCAUUUACUUUGUUCCUUGUUGGAAGUAAUCUGCUGUCUGCUCAGUUAAACAGGGCCAGCUAAAUGAGCUGGUGAAAUUUUGAUUGGAGAAACACAGGGGGCCGUGUGCUUAUCCACAGAAGUACUGUAUGUUUAUUUACUUUUAUUCAAAUGUGUUAUGGUGUUAAAUAAAGAAAUGGUUAAACAUG